AUGCUUGCCCAUCCUACAAAAGGAAUUGGCGAAAUAAUGAAGCGUUUCGGGGAAGCAGAAUUCGCUUGCGAGUGGAAAUAUGAUGGAGAGAGGGGACAGAUUCAUAUGGAAGAAUCUGGUAAAGUUCACAUCUACAGUCGCAACCAGGAGGAUAAUACAUUGAAGUUUCCAGAUGUUAUCGUUAAGGUACGGGAAUGUGUUGGUCCUAAUGUUACUUCUUUUAUUGUUGAUGCAGAAAUAGAAGUUGAGGGAUGCUUUACAUUCGCAAAGAGUUUGGACUCUUCCGACACAGAUGAAAUAAAUGUUUUCCUUGAUGAAGCCAUCAAGGGCAACUGCGAGGGUCUGAUGGUAAAAACUUUAGAGGAGCAUGCCACCUAUGAAAUUGCGAGAAGGUCACAUAACUGGUUGAAAUUGAAGAAAGACUAUCUUGAGGGAAUAGGCGACACAUUAGACCUGGUCGUCAUAGGAGCGUAUUGUGGAACAGGUAUCUACACUAUUUCUAUCGGUACUGGUUUCAGCGAUGAGGAUUUAAAAGCACAGUACGAAUUGCUGCUUCCUUCUAAAAUUGAAAUGGUUAAAUGCGCUGAUUUGUCAAUCUCUCCUCGUCAUAUGGCUGCAAAAGGGCUUGUCGACAAAGACAAAGGAAUAUCUCUUCGCUUUCCCCGUUUUCUUCGAAUCAGAGAAGAUAAAAAGGGUGAAGAUGCUACCACAGCGUCACAAGUUGCAUCCAUGUACAAAAAUCAAGAUCAGAUUAGAAAUCAGGCAGGUCCGGCAGAAGAAGAAGAUGAUGACAUUGAGUACUAG